AUGGCGCCCAUGGCUGCGACAGCGCACCACCACCGGAGCACGACCAAGAAGGACAAGAAGGGCUUCAAGUCCCGCCAUGCCACCAAAGGCGCGCUGAAGGAGCAGAGCAAGGGCAAGGUCAACUCCCUCUCGUUCGAAUUCGGCAGCCGCAAGACCCCCCACCAGCAAGUCAUGAGCAAGUUCGACCGCCGCAACCGCGCCAAGCAGAUGCGCAUCAACAAGGACCACGAGCACGCAAAGUCGUCCAACGUAUUCGCCGGGAAAGAUGGCGCGCCGAGGAUCACCGCCCUCGUCCCGCUAUGUUCGGACAUUUCCACGUCAGAAGCUGUCCGCAGCCUGAACGCCAGCCUGGACAUUGAAGAGGAGGUUCCGGAGGCGGGAUGGACACGCACAAACGUCGACCGUUUCAAGCAAAAGGUGCAAUAUCUGAUCGUAAAGAGAGAUCUGCUGGCGGCUCUCGACGCCUGCCGUGUCGCCGAUUUUGUCGUCUUCAUUCUGUCGGCGCACGAAGAGGUCGACGCAGAGGGCGAGCUGAUCAUGAAGUCGGUCGAAAGCCAGGGUAUCUCAAACACCUUUACCGUGGUGCAAGGAUUGGACAAGAUCGAGCCCGCCAAGGCCAGGCCUUCAGUCGUUUCGUCGCUCAAGUCCUACAUCACCCACUGGCUACCCGCGACCGAGCGCGUCUACUCUCUCGACAACCGCCAAGAAGCCGCAAACCUCGUCCGAUCGCUAUGCACAACUACCACAAAGGGUGUCAGGUGGAGGGACCAGAGGAGCUACAUGUUCAUUGAGGAUAUCGCAUGGCCUGGAGGCAAGUCGGCCGUCAACGCGGACGGCACGGGUGAUGUUGUCAUUACCGGUGUCGUGCGCGGGCUCGGGUUAAAGGCCGACAGGCUAGUACAAGUGGGAGAUUGGGGUGACUUCCAGGUCGACAAGAUCGUAGCCGCCCCACUAGAGACGAGGAAGAAGCACAAGGAGGAAGAGAUGGCUGUUGACACGGAAGGCGAUGGCAUUUUGGAGCGCCCCACAGAAGACCAGGACGACCUAGCAGAUCUCGCACCAGAGGAAACAAUCAUGGACGACGUGACCAACUACGCCACAUCUAUUGCGCCCUCUGAGCGCAAGGGUGUCUUGCUAGACGACCACCACUAUUUCUCAGACGAGGAGGAAGAGGUCGCGCCCGCCAAAAAGAGGCGGUUACCAAAGGGCACAAGUGAAUACCAGUCAGCAUGGUAUCUCGACGACAUGUCCGACUCGGGCUCGGAUCUGGAAGACUUCGACAUGGAAGUUGACGAAGACGCCCAGAGCCAGCCUGCUCACCCUGCAGAUGGUGUAGAGGGCAUGGACAUCGAUGGCAAAGCUAUGACCGAGGGCGCUCCUUCAGAAUACCCACAAUCGGAGAUGUUCCUAGAUCCAUCACCAGAGGACGAGGCUGCACAGAUCGAGGAGUACCGGAAGUCUAGGAAGACAGAAGAGGACGAAGAUCUCGAGUUCCCUGACGAGAUCGAACUACAUCCCAACGUAAACGCGCGAGAGCGUCUCAUUCGCUACCGAGGAUUGAAGAGUCUGAGAAACAGCACAUGGGAGACAGAAGAGGAUCGACCAUAUGAGCCGGAAGAGUGGCAGCGGUUGCUCGACAUUUCUGACUACAAGCGCACAGCCACCAAGUUCAUGCGCGAAGCCUGGGCUGGUGGUGUCAAGCCUGGAACUCGGGUCAGCGUUCACAUUCGCGGUGUCCCGCUACAAUUCCAGGAGAUGCAGUCACGGCCAAUGGCCAUGUUCUCACUCCUAAGACACGAGCACAAGCGCACAGCCGCCAACUACAGCAUACUGCUCAGCUCUGAGCAUGAUGGCCCGAUCAAGUCGAAGACUGAGAUGAUCGUGCAGUGCGGACCAAGGAGGAUAGUCAUCAACCCUCUCUUCUCCCACGCCGGCAACACACCGAACAAUGUGCACAAGUUCUCUCGCUUCCUCCACCCCGGCCAAUCGGCCAUUGCAUCUUUCAUCGGCCCGCUAACCUGGGGCAAUGUCCCUCUCCUCUACUUCACUCGCACAACCCCAUCUCCCGACCACCCCUCCUCCCUUCGCCUAAUCGCGACCGGAACAUCUCUCCCACCCUCCACCAACCGCAUCGUCGCCAAGCGCAUCAUCCUAACAGGCCACCCGUACAAGAUCAACAAGCGCGUCGUCACAGUGCGAUACAUGUUCUUCAACGACGGCGACGUCAAGUGGUUCAAGAGCUUACCGUUGUGGACGAAGCGCGGACGGAGCGGUUUCAUCAAGGAGAGUCUGGGUACGCACGGAUACUUCAAGGCUACUUUCGAUGGCAAGAUCAGCCCUAUGGAUGCUGUUGCUGUUAGUUUGUACAAGAGGGUUUACCCGAGAGGCGCGAGAGCUUGGAGGGGUGAGCUGGAGCAAGCAGCUGAGAUGGAACAAGCAGCUUAG